AUGGACGAGGGCUUCAGCUGCUGCCGAUGCGUGAGUAUCUGCGAGGAAAUGAAUGCCGAGCACCGGAAGACGAUGGAAGACACGAUCCGCAUCGUUGACGGCUUCUUGGAGCGUCCCACGAACGGCUACUUUGCCAUCCACGACGGCCACGGAGGCCGGUCCGUGUCGACAUAUUUGCAGCGAGUGCUGCACGAGAACGUUGCAGCGGAGCUGCAAUUGGAGGGGGAAGAUUGCACAGUCGAGCAGUGUCUUGAAAGAGGCUUCCUGAUCUCGGAUAUGGAGUGCUGCCAGUCGUUUUCCGGUUCAGUGGGUGCCACGGCUGUGACUGCAGUGCUGCUAAAGGAAAAUGGUGUCAAAACACUUUACGUGGCCAAUGUUGGAGAUAGCCGUGCCGUAGUGAGCCACAAAGAGAAGGCCAUUCGACUUUCGAAGGAUCACAAGGCUAGCGAUCACGAAGAAAUGGAUAGAAUUAUCCACGCUGGCGGCUUUGUCAUACAAGAACGCGUGUCUGGUGUGCUUGCAGUCUCCCGGAGCUUUGGAGACCGGGAUCUGAAGCAGUUUGUGGUAGCGAAGCCGCACACCAGCGCGACCAGACUGCAGCCAGCGGCCGACUAUCCCUUCUUCGUACUGGGAUGCGACGGCAUCUGGGAUGUUCUUAGUGACCAAGACGUUGUGGACAUGGUGGGAGCCAUACCCGUCGCCCAGCAGUCUCAAGCCGCGGAAGUUCUUGUCCAUGAGGCGCUUGCCAGGGGUAGUGGGGACAACGUCACCGCUAUUGUCGUGUUUCUUUGA